AUGUCAGACUUCACUGACUGGAAAAAGUACAACAUCAGAACAGGCAUGAGGGUAGGGUUCAUUUUGUUUUUAUUAUUAGUCUGCUUCUUUCUCCCUUUGCCCCUCCUGCACCAACUGAAGCAGCUGAUUCCCAAGGGAGACCAUGAGGGAAAGACAACAGGCAGGUUUCAGGACUGACAGGAGACUCAACCAUUCGGUGCUGUUUACAAAAGCAGCCUGAGAAAAGAGAGUUGCACCAUGACGGGCACUCGAGUCAGCCAAUCACUGUUCUGCCAAUACGGCUUCCCCUUUAGUGCCUCUGAGAAAAGUCUCGAGAAGACUUAGAUUGAAAAUGUGGUGGCUUCUGAUUCCACUCUGCCUUAAUGGAGGCAGCUCCCAUGACAGCAGGAGAUUGUUAGCAAAGAAAGAACAAGGAUGAUUGAGGGUAAUCAUCCUUGAAAAUUCUGCCCAGGGUCAGGGGGAAACAGCCUUUAGUACCUGGCUCUCGCUUUGGCAUCGAAUGUGAGAGGCUCUGAGUGCAAAAGCACUUCUCCUGCCGAUAACCCUCCUACGCCACUAUUAAGAAGCAGAGGUUCACCUGUUAAUUAGAGAUCAAUUGGGACUAAAGUGCAGGCAUGUGCUAGAAAAGAUGAGAUUAUAAACUGAAUGGGGUGCAAGGUCAUUAAGGUCAGAACUUGACAGAAGUCUUCAUUUGGUGUAAAAGAUAGUGGGAGGGGAGGGGAGCAAACGGCUUCUUUAUAUAGUUUCUUCUCUACAUUUAUGAUCUGGCAACCCUUCCUUGAAAUGCUAGUUCAAAUUAUACAUAUACAGGUGAAAACGGAUGAAAUUGGAUUGCAGAUAUGGAAGAUAACAUCAAAUGGAACUGUGUGUAUAAAAAGGAAAAAAGGAGGGAAGGCUUAUUUGCAGGGUUUAUGGACAAUUUUUUUUUUUUAAUAAAUAUUUAUUAAAGUUUUCACAAUAUUACAUAAUGAAAAAGAAAAAAGAAAAAAUACAAAAAAAGAGGGGGGAAAACAGUUAAAACCAAUUCCAUCUUUUCGUCACUUAUCUUUCAUUUACCUGUUUCCCGGACAUCCUCAUGCCUCCCUUUUUUGUAUUCCAGUUCAAUUUAUUAGUUCCGCAAUUCCUUUCCCUCCUUAUUUUAUCCUGAUCUUUAAUCUUAAUAUAUUAUAGCAUUAAAUUUUUACCUAUUAAAAAUCCAAUUUUUCCAUAUUCUUUUAUACCAUUACAGCUAGAAACCACUUAACUUCAAUCCAACAUCAUUCUAACAUUCAUUAAUUUUGCAAUAUUUCUGUAAAUAGUCUUUAAAUUUCUUCCAAUCUUCUUCCACCGACUCUUCUCCCUGGUCUCGGAUUCUGCCAGUCAUUUCCGCCAAUUCCAUGUAGUCCAUCAUUUUCAUCUGCCAUUCUUCCAGAGUGGGUAGGUCUUGUGUCUUCCAAUACUUUGCAAUAAGUAUUCUUGCUGCUGUUGUAGCAUACAUAAAGAAAGUUCUAUCCUUCUUUAACACCGAUUGGCCGACUAUGCCCAGGAGAAAGGCCUCUGGUUUCUUCAAGAAGGUAUAUUUAAAUACCUUUUUUAAUUCAUUAUAAAUCAUCUCCCAGAAAACCUUAAUCCUUGGGCACGUCCACCAGAGGUGAAAAAAUGUACCUUCAGUUUCUUUACAUUUCCAACAUUUAUUAUCAGGCAAAUGGUAGAUUUUUGCGAGCUUGACUGGGGUUAUGUACCACCUGUAUAUCAUUUUCAUAAUAUUCUCUCUUAAGGCAUUACAUGCCGUAAACUUCAUACCUGUGGUCCAUAACUGUUCCCAGUCAGCGAACAUGAUGUUAUGUCCAACAUCUUGUGCCCAUUUAAUCAUAGCUGAUUUCACCGUUUCAUCCUGAGUGUUCCAUUUCAGCAACAAGUUAUACAUUCUUGACAAGUUCUUAGUAUUGGGUUCUAACAAUUCUCUUUCUAAUUUUGAUUUUUCCACCUGGAAACCAAUUUUCUUAUCCAAAUUGUAUGCCUCCAUUAGCUGAUAAUAAUGAAGCCAGUCUCGCACUUUGUUUUUUAAUUUUUCAAAGCUCUGCAAUUUCAAUCUGUCUCCAUCUUGUUCCAAAAUUUCCCAAUAUUUUGGCCAUCUGACCUCCAUAUUGAGCUUUUUCAAGGCUUUCGCUUCCAUUGGUGACAGCCACCUUGGGGUCUUAUUCUCUAGUAAAUCCUUGUAUCUUAUCCAAACAUUAAACAAUGCUUUCCUGACUAUAUGGUUUUUAAAUGCUUUAUGCGCUUUGACCUUGUCAUACCACAAAUAUGCAUGCCAUCCAAACACAUUGUUAAAACCUUCUAAGUCCAAAAUGUCAGUGUUCUCAAGAAGCAGCCAAUCUUUCAACCAGCAAAAAGCUGCUGAUUCAUAAUAAAGUUUAAGGUUUGGCAGGGCAAAUCCACCUCUAUCUUUUGCAUCUGUUAGUAUUUUAAAUUUUAUUCUAGGCUUCUUGCCCUGCCAGACAAAUCUGGAAAUGUCUCUCUGCCACCUCUUGUAACAGUCCAUUUUGUCCACAAUUUGCAAUGUUUGAAACAAGAACAACAUUCUAGGCAAUACAUUCAUUUUUACAGCAGCAAUAUGACCCAGCAGUGAAAGCUUCAAGUUUGACCAAAUUUCUAAAUCUUUUUUCACUUCAGCCCAACAUCUUUCAUAAUUAUCUUUAAAUAAAUUCCCAUUUUUUGCUGUCAAGUUAAUCCCCAAAUAUUUAACUUUCUUGACCACUGUUAAACCUGUCUCAUUCUGAAACCUCUCUCUCUCUAUUGGUGUUAGAUUUUUCUCUAAAACCUUAGUUUUUACUUUAUUCAAUUUAAAUCCUGCAACUUGACCAAAUUCUUGAAUCAGUUCUAAAACCCUUUUGGUACUAGAUUCUGGCUCCUGUAACGUCAAUACUAAAUCGUCUGCAAAUGCUCUCAAUUUGUACUGUUUGGCUCCAACCUGUAUGCCCUUAACCAACUGAUCCCUUCUAAUCAUGUUCAGCAAAACCUCCAGGACCGAAAUAAAAAGCAAUGGGGAGAUUGGGCAACCUUGUCGUGUCCCUUUUUCGAUCUUAAAUUCUUCUGUCACUACAUUAUUUACAAUUAAUUUAGCUUUUUGUUCUGAAUAAAUUGCACUUAUACCAUUUUCAAAGCCUUGGCCUACCCCCAUACCCUGUAGGUUCUUCUUCAUAAAACUCCAAGAGAUAUUGUCAAAAGCUUUCUCCGCGUCCACAAAUAUCAGGACUGCUUUAGUGUUUAUGUUCACUUCUAAUUUCUCCAAAAUGUCAAUUAUGUUCCUCAUAUUAUCAGACAAAUGCCUACCCGGGAGAAAGCCCGCUUGGUCUUUAUGAAUCUCUUCCAACAACACUUUUUUCAGUCUCUUAGCCAAAAUGUCUGCAAAGAUUUUGUAAUCCACAUUAAGUAAUGAUAUGUGACGGUAGUUCUUAAGCUGCGUCUUCUCAGUCUCUGUUUUCGGUACAAGUGUAAUAUAAGCUUCUUUCCACGACUCUGGUGCCCUUUUCCCCUCCAUUAUUUCAUUGCAGACCUCUUUCAAAGGUUGUAUUAACCAUUCUUUCAAAGAUCUGUAAUAUCUUGAAGUCAGUCCAUCUGGUCCUGGAGAUUUGCCCAAUUGCAUAUUUUGAAUGGCACCUUCUAUCUCCUGUUCAGUUAUUUUGUUGUUCAACAUUGAUUUGUUUUCUUGAGAGAUUUUUUGUAAUCCAUUUGUUUGCAAAAAUCUGUCUACAUCAGUUUCUUUCAAUGGCCCUUGUGUAUAUAAUUGUUUAAAGUACCUCUGGAAACAAUUUCUAUUCUCAGCUGGGUUCUGUAUAUUCCUUCCUUCCACUUCUAAAUUUGUAACUGUAUUUAGUUUUUGUCUUUUUUUCAUUUGCCAAGCCAACAGUUUCCCACACUUAUUAGCCAACUCAAAUGUCUUUUGUCUCAUUUGUUUAAUUUUCCAUUCUAUCUCCUGAUUCGUCAUUUUCAUAUAUUGUACUUGAUAUAACUUUAAUUCUCUCAAAAUCUCUUGAGAUUUUGGUUUUAUUCUCAAUCUUUUUUCACUUUCCUUUAUUUUCUCCAAUAUUUUGUCCUUCUUCUCAUUCUGAGUUCUCUUCUUUAGUGCAUUCUGUUGUAUCAAGAACCCUCUCAUAACCGCCUUACUUGCGUCCCAGAUUACUCUUUUUUCCACAUUGGUGCUCAUAUUUAUCUCGAAAUAGUCUCUCAAGGUUUUCUGGGCCUUCUUAAGCACUUCUUCAUCUCUAAAUAAGGUGUCAUUCAUCCUCCAUCUAAAGGAACCAGUUGGCAUUAGUUUCAUUUCCAUCUUGACAGCAUUAUGGUCGGAGCAAGUUUUCGGGCAGAUUUCCACCUUUCUUGUCUUUGGUGCCAUUCCUCUAGUUAUCCAUAUUUGGUCAAUUCUUGUCCAUGUCAUUUUGGCUUCAGAAAAGAAGGUUCCCUCUUUAGCCAUGGGGUUUCUUAUUCUCCAGAUAUCAACUAGAUCCAAGUUGUCUGUCAUCUCAAAAAAGGUUUUCGGUAGUCUACCAUCCUUGGUGACUACCUGUCUUUGUGCCUUGUCCAUAUAUGUAGAUACCACUCCAUUCAUGUCUCCCAUCAAAAUCAUGUUAUAAUCCAUAUAGUCCAUCAAAGUCUCAUGCAACUUCUUAAAAAAGUAAGAUUUCCCCUCGUUUGGUGCGUAGAUCCCUACUAUCAAAAAUUUUUCUCCUUGUAUUUGAAUUUCAAUUGCCACAAAUCUUCCUUGGUCAUCUUUAAAAAUAAAUUUCGGUGAUAAUCUGUCCUUUGCAUAAAUCACAACUCCUCUUUUUUUUACUUUAUCCGAUGAGAUAAACUCCUGACCAAGUCUUUUAUUUAUCAAUAAUUUCCUGUGUAACCUUGUUAUAUGUGUUUCUUGUAGACAAAUCAAGUCCAAUUGUUCCUUUUUUAAUAAAUGAAACACAGAUUUCCUUUUCUGGGGAGAGUUCAAACCAUUACAGUUCCAACUUAGUAGUUGCAGGGCCAUGAUGUAGUUAUUUUGCUUCUCCUCCAACAGCACCCAGUGCCUGUUCCUGUUCCGUCGGUGGUAUCAGCUUUCUCAGGCGGUCUUUUAGUUCCAGAGAUAAUUCUGGUGUGUCUAAAGUUUCUCUUACGGUUGCUCUUAACUCUCCAGUUACUUUCUUUUGUAGAUCUUCUCCAUGGUCUCUCCAAAAUUUGUCUUUGUCGUCUUCUGAUCUUAUUUUUAUCUUCUUUCCUUUAUAGCUAAAGGAUAGGCCUUGAGGGAAUUCCCACCUAAAGAUAAUUUCGUUGCUUUUCAGCAAAAUGACCAAAUCUUUAUAGUUAGACCUGAGGUCCAGAAGAUAUUUCGGAAUAUCCUUGAAUAUCUCUACUUUUGACUGUUGUAUUUCCAAAGUCUUCUGGAAAUGCAAACUCAAAAUCUUGUCUCUCUCUUCUUUUGUUCGGAGGGUGAUCAAACAGUCUCUCACCCUGUUCUUUCUCCCUCCUUUUCCAAGUCUGAAAGCACUCACAAUCUUGAAACUGUCUUUCCCCAAAUCUGGAUUCCAACAAUCUAGAAAUUCCUGCGUGAGAAAUUCUACCAGACUGCCUUUCUCCACUUCAGGUACAGCCCUGACUCCUAAGUUCACUUGUUUCUCCUUCAAUUCGAUCAUAGACAGAAUUGACUUAUGAUCUUCAAUUUGUUUAUGUAGCGGUGGUAUCUUCUCUUCAACCACUGUAGCAGUAGCUGUAUCAAUUUCUUUAGCCUCCUCGGCAAUCUUACGUGUCGAAGCAGAUUCCUGUAAUAAUUUCUGAAUAGUUUCUGUAUUUGUGUUUACUUUUUGGCCCAAAUUGUUGAUGCUUGCCGUAUUUUGAUUAAUACUUGUCGUAUUUUGAUCAAUCUUAUCCGAUGCCUCGGCUACUUGUUUACUUAUUCUAUCCAAAGAUUCAUUAAUUUUAGCUAGAGCCUGAGCCAAGGUGUCGUCAGUUGCCAUACCUUUAGUUUUAGGUUGUGCCGAUAGGGCUACUGGAAUUCCAGGAGGGCCAGAUGUCGAAGCCCUCCUUUGCAAUCCACCGUCUGUACGAUAUACUCUGCCAGACCUUGUUGCUUGUGUCAAAUCUAUCUUCUCUUUCCCAUCUGCCAUAACCCUCAAGAUAAAACUCAAGGUCAGUCACACAGUCAGAGUCAAAGUUGUUUUGAAAUGGAAAGUUCCCAAGAAAUUGUUGUGGAAAAUUUCCUCAGGCCAAUUGCAGUUGUAACUAGUUCCAAUUCCACUAGGGGGACACUGUAACAGUCAUAAAGUUCUUAAAGUAAACUGUUUCUUCCUUUAAUCCCCCAAUUCACCAAAAAGACGACAUUCUAUCUCAAACUGUUACUUUGAAACCAGGAGAUACCUAUCAGCAAUAUUGUUACCAAGUUGUAUCUCAGAUGCAGAGCUAGCUGUCAAAAUACGUUCAGAGACAAUGCAGUCUCUGACAAGGCUUCUUACUGACACUGGGAGCCCGUUCCAGGGGAUUUUGAGCGGUGGGUUUUAUCUUCUCCUCCUCUCUUUUUUGUAGGGGAAUAACGUUCAGUCCUUCUCCCCCCUCCUUCCCCAAAUUGAGGGGGGGGAAUUCCAGUUUGGUGAUCGGAUUGUAAUCCUUUUACGCGUCUUUUAGAGCUUCCGCUUUCAAAUUCAAUGCUUUGUUCUGUUUACAAGAGCGGGAGGCAGACUUCCUAUUUAUACCUCUCCGCUUCGGUAGCCAAUUGUCUCAGAUUUGUAAAGUCCCUUUUGUUAGGAAGAUUUCCUACUCAUGGAUCGUUGUUUUCAAAGCCAAAUUGUCACAGGAAGAAAGGCAGAGCUCUCCGGCAACAGCUGCGCGGCUUCACUCCACAGAAGAAGCAGAUGACUCACAGCACAGCGCCACUUCCCCGCUCUGUUCCGGAGCCCAUUGUCGGGUUCCUUUGCAGAUUGGGGGGGCGCAGACAGUGCCCGCCGAGUCCCAGGGUCACAGGCUUCCCCCGCCUGUGAUUUAAAGGGUCCCCGCUGCGCCGUAGCGGUGUAGACCCGAUUUCUGUGGAGCAAAUUCCCUCAGAGAGUCAGAGGGAAUUCACCAUUACCGAUGGCUCCGCCUCCGGAAGACACAUUUCCAACAUUUGUUAUCGGGCAAAUGGUAGAUUUUUGCAAGCUUGACUGGGGUUAUGUACCACCUGUAUAUCAUUUUCAUAAUAUUCUCUCUUAAGGCAUUGCAUGCCGUAAACUUCAUACCUGUGGUCCAUAACUGUUCCCAGUCAGCCAUCAUUAUGUUAUGUCCAACGUCUUGUGCCCAUUUAAUCAUAGCAGAUUUCACCAUUUCAUCCUGAUUAUUCCAUUUCAACAGCAAGUUAUACAUCUUUGACAAAAUCUUGGUUUUGGGUUCUAACAAUUCUGUUUCUAAUUUUGAUUUUUCCACCUGGAAACCAAUUUUCUUAUCCAAAUUGUAUGCCUCCAUUAGCUGAUAAUAAUGAAGCCAGUCUCGCACUUUGUUUUUUAGUUUUUCAAAACUCUGCAAUUUCAAUCUAUCUCCAUCUUGUUCCAAAAUUUCCCAAUAUUUCGGCCAUUUGACCUCCAUAUUGAGCUUUUCUGAGCUUUCGCUCCAUCGGUGACAGCCACCUUGGGAUUUUAUUUUCCAAUAAGUCCUUAUAUCUUAUCCAAACAUUAAACAAUGCUUUCCUGACAAUAUGGUUUUUAAAUGCUUUAUGUGCUUUGACCUUAUCAUACCACAGAUAUGCAUGCCAUCCAAAUACAUUGUUAAAACCUUCUAGAUCCAAAAUGUCAGUGUUUUCAAGAAGCAGCCAUUCUUUCAACCAGCAAAAAGCUGCUGAUUCAUAAUAAAGUUUAAGGUCUGGCAGGGCAAAUCCACCUCUUUCCUUUGCAUCUGUUAGUAUUUUAAAUUUUAUUCUAGGCUUCUUGCCCUGCCAAACGAAUCUAGAAAUAUCUCUCUGCCACCUCUUGAAACAGUCCAUUUUGUCCACAAUUUGCAAUGUUUGAAACAAAAACAACAUUCUAGGCAAUACAUUCAUUUUACCGCAGCAAUACGACCCAGCAGUGAAAGCUUCAAAUUUGACCAAAUUUCUAAAUCUUUUUUCACUUCAGCCCAGCAUUUUUCAUAGUUGUCUUUAAAUAGAUUCCCAUUUUUUGCUGUCAUGUUAAUCCCCAGGUAUUUAACUUUCUUAACCACUGUUAAACCUGUCUCAUUCUGAAACCUCUCUCUCUCCAUUGGUGUAAAGUUUUUCUCUAAAACCUUGGUUUUUAACUUAUUCAAUUUAAAUCCUGCAACUUGACCAAAUUCUUGAAUCAGUUCUAAAACCCUUUUGGUACUAGAUUCUGGCUCCUGUAACGUCAAUACUAAGUCAUCUGCAAAUGCUCUCAAUUUGUACUGUUUAGCUCCGACCUGUAUACCUUUAACCAACUGGUCCCUUCUUAUGAUAUUCAGCAGAACCUCCAGGACCGAUAUAAAAAGCAAUGGGGAGAUUGGGCAACCUUGUCGUGUCCCUUUUUCUAUCUUAAAUUCUUCCAUCACCACAUUAUUUACAAUUAAUUUAGACUUUUGUUCAGAAUAUAUUGCACUCAUACCAUUUUCAAAACCUUGGCCUACCCCCAUACCCUGUAGGUUUUUUUUCAUAAAAGUCCAAGAAAUAUUGUCAAAAGCUUUCUCCGCGUCCACAAAUAUUAAAACUGCCUUAGUAUUUAUAUUCACUUGUAAUUUUUCUAAAAUAUUAAUUAUGUUUCUCACAUUAUCAGAUAGAUGUCUUCCUGGGAGAAAGCCUGCUUGGUCCUUAUGUAUCUCUUCCACUAACACUCUUUUUAGUCUUUUAGCCAAAAUAUCUGCAAAAAUUUUGUAAUCCACAUUAAGGGGUUUAUGGACAAUUGGAUUUCUUCCCUAUCUUUUAUUAUCUAUGGACUGAACUGGAUCAUGCUAAAAGGACUUCAAGAUUAAUUUAAUUGGAAGUAUUUAUCUUUGGCUGAAUGGAGGGUUGAAAGGAAUCUACUUGCGGGCUUGCUGAGAAGUUGAUACGGUUCAUUAAUGAGGUUUUUUAUAAGUAUUUUUAUUAAACAGUUUCAAUAUAACAAAUUAUCAAUCCAAGUCAUCAAAUAGAUUAUUUUCCCCCUUUCCCCCCUCCAUCCCUCCCUCUCCCCCCCCACCAAUGACUUCCCUCAGCUCCCCUUUCUGAUUUCUCUGCCCGUAUUGUUCUCUGCAUGUUAUAAAUUUGUACAUAUCCUUGCCUUAUCUAUCGUGUAUUAAAGCAAUAAAUUGGUGGAUGUUUAUUCAAAACCUGCCAAGGACUCCAGUUCAUUUUGUUGUCCUUUUAGGUAAUUUGUAAAAAGUUCCCAUUCUUCCUUAAAGUCACAGUUGUCCUUAUCACACAGUUUAUAUAUCAAUUUAGCCAAUCCCGCAUAACUCAUCAGUUUUUCUUGCCACUGUUCUUUUGUUGGGAUUUCCUCAUUCUUCCAUCCUUGUGCUAGCAAGACUCUUGCCGCUGUUGUAGCAUACGUAAAUAAGUUCUUUGUUUUUCUUGGCAGGUCUUGUCCUACAAUCCCUAACAAAAAUGCGUCUGGGUUUUUUUACAAAUGUCAUUUUAAACAUUUUUUUCAAUUCAUUAUAUAUCAUUUCCUAAAAUUUUUUAACUUCUCUACAUUCCCACAUUUGAUAAAAAGUCCAUUAAUGAGUUAUUUGAAGUUCGACAGAUCACUCUCCUUCCCAGGCCGAGAGGGAAAAUGGCAAACCCAGGAUAUUUCUUGAGUCAGUGUGAUUUUUGCAGUUGCUGUUAAAGUUGCAAAACAAUGAAGCACGGGACAGAACAAUGGAGAACUUCUGAAACAACAAUGGGAUAUUAGCUCCGCCCAAGGCAGAAAAGAUAGACAUAAUAUUGUACAAGGACAGGAAAAGACAUCACAGACAUCAAUUCUUGCAUGCAGGGGACCACCUAAAUUAUAUAGUUUGGCAUCUGAAUGAUAAUUGUAUUCUAAUUUAGCACUCGUUUCAUUCCCCUUGAAAGAGUGCAAUCCAAAUUCCUCAGAGCCCUUCUACAAGUUCCUAGAUGCGUUUCAAAUGCAUGGGUCAGACUAGAAACAGGGAUGAUGAAAGUCAGAAACAGGGAUGAUGAAAGUCAAAGUAUGAGCUGAUAUGUCUGACAUCAAUAUAUAAGUGGCUAACUCUGAAACUGCUUCCCCGAGGAAUAGCCCAAGUUUCAGUCUGGCUGGCAGACAGCAGUCUUAAACACUCUUCAGAAACUGGGCCUUGCUCCCCAAACCCUCAUAACUGUGGGCCUGAGCCAAGCUAGAUCUGUGGUUAGGCAAAGAAUCAUGGACAUAGAGAGACAACAGGACUGUACAAGGGUCCCCGAUUAUAAAAUCAUAGAAAACGGGAAAUACGUAGCCGCUCCAGCAACAUAUCUCUAUUUCCUCGCAUCCACAAACGCAAGAAGGGCUUUCACUCUUGCUAUUAGGGGAAAUAGGAAGCCUUGAACAUAUUUUUUUUAAUGUCCUUUUUAUGUUGAGAUUUGUAGAGACACCAUUGAUCCUUUCCUGAAGAAGCUCGCCAAUCUUUCAGACAAGUCUAAACUUAAUUCUCUCCUCUUAGGCAAAGAUCAUAAGACGACCUGGCUGGUGGCCAGAUUCUGCGCCCAGAUUUGUAGGCACAGAUCAUCCUCUAGAAUAAAAUAGCUUACUAGGGAAAUGCUGAAGUCGCCCUUUGAGGUGCCUCAGGGUCAAUUUUUUUAUGGUAGCUCAAAUCUCAGUUGUACUGUGUAUGUAUAUAUCUCAAUUUUAACUCAUGAGCUAUUGCUGCAAUCUGCUCCGAUUGCAUGUUUUAUCUUUAUGAACGCUGUUUUUAUUGUGUUGUGUUGUGUUAUGUUAUGUUAUGUGAGCUGGUCUUUGACCGUAAUAAAUUAUUUAUCUAUCUAUCUAUCUUCUAGAUGCCGGGAACCAAGGUGGACUUAGAAACUCUUUCCACCACUGAUAGAUAGAUAAAUAAUUUAUUACGGUCAAAGACCAGCUCACAUAAUAUAACAUAACAAACACAAUAAAAAGAGCGGAGUGCUUUCGUUGCCAGAAAAUAGGAGGGUGCCUUUUGAUGGCACAACUCUCCCAAAACCACACAGAUGUUUCAAGAAGUGUUAUUAAGAAUUUGUGGAGCAUCCUAGUCCCGAAUGCAGUUAACAAAGUCCCUGUUCAUUUCAAAGGGAAUUACAUUUCUGUCUAAAGAAAAGUUAGCUUCCCAAUUGACGUCGUUUCUCUUCUCUUUCCUUCUCUGUCCCCACAGAAAACGUAACUUUGGAUCCAGACACAGCUCAACCCUACCUCUACCUUUCUGUGGAUUAAAAGAGUGUGAGACAGGGAGAAGUACGUCAAUACCUGCCAGACAAACCUGAGAGAUUUGACAUACAAACCUAUGUGCUGGGAUGUGAGGGUUUCACAUCAGGCAGACAUUUCUGGGAGGUCACUGUGGGAAGAGAGGAAGAAUGGAGGGUGGGGGUGGCCAGAAAGUCUGUGAAGAAGAAGGGCGAUUUCUCUUUUGAUCCUACAGAAGGGAUCUGGGGUUUGGGAAAGUGGGGCGGUGGGUACAAGUUCCGCUCUCCCUGUAAGACCCUUGUUCCAGGUGAAGAGCCCGAGAGGAUCCGAGUGGCCCUGAACUGUGAAGGGGGACGGGUGUCCUUUUAUGAUGCUGAUAGAGCUGUCCUCCUCCACUCAUUCUCAGCAGCCUCCUUCUCAGGAGAGACCCUCCAGCCCUUGUUUUAUGUGUCUGCCAAAGGUCACUUGACAAUCUCUGAGUGUAGAGACCGACAAGCAGAUACUCAUCACCAGAUUUCCUAUUAUUAUUAUUAUUAUUAUUAUUAUUAUAUUUGGAAUAAUCUUAUUUUGGAUGGUUUUUAUUAGUUUUCAUUUACAAUAAUCCAAUAAUAGCCUCAUUAUAACAGUGCUAAAUUAUAAUACAAUUAUUAACACCAAUCAUUCAGAAAGGUGGGUGUGAGACAGUGGCGUUAGAUCAAGGAUUUCGUGUUUAGCGUGCAAACUAUGACCUUUGAGUGGGGCACACUUUUUAAAUAUUAUUAUAAUAAUACCCCACCCACCUGCUGGGUUUCCUCAGCCAUUCUAGGUGGCUUACAACAUAUCUAGAAACAUCAUAAAAAACAUCAAGUAUUACAAAACCUCCCAAAACAGGAGUUUUUUCCUAUGGAAAGGACCUAAAAUUAGGAGCAUUGCAGCAUUUGGCACAUGGCAAAAUUAAUCGGAAUCCCACAAAAUCCAGUGUGAAGAGAAGUCCUUCCUUUUGUCUGCCCUGACUCUCCCUCCUUUCAACUUCACUGGGUCUUCACAGCCGAUUAAAAAGGACCCAGUCAUGGUUUUGAUUAUGAAGGACCCAAUUUUCUCAUAUUGCUAAAAAAGUGUUCACCUAGGGUGGGUCCCAGUGUUUUUUCACAUUAUCAGUGAGGCUGGCGAUUUUGUCCAAACUCACUAAAAAUAGGCACCGUGAUGGAGAGUUGGGCUGCUUCUCCUCUUUACAUUGAGGCUAAGAGCUGGAAAUGGAGCAAUUUGUGGGGGAAAUGGAGUUAGGAUUCAUUCAUCAGUUUUCAAAGUAGUCUGAGGCUCACAUGAAGUUGGGAAAACACAACCUCACUUCCCUCCAGCUCUCACUGGAAAUGGUUCCUUAAACGAGCAGCCGCCGAGCAUUCCUUUUAAAAUAAAUUAAUUAAUUUCCUGUAUACGAAAGAGGCUCUCUGCUCCAGCUAACUCCACAGCUCCAUAUCAGCAGACAUCUGGACGCAUUGAGUCUGAAUUUCCUGGAAAGGAAACACACCCAUUUGCAGAAGGAAAAGCGAAAACGAGACCAACUCUCUCUCCCUGGGGCGGUGGCCGUGGCUGCUUCUGGGAGUCCCGUCCGGGAUCUCUGCGAGGAAGCCACUUGCUCCAUCUGCCUGGAGUAUUUCAGGGAUCCAGUGAUCAUCCCGGAGUGUGGGCACAACUUCUGCAGGUCCUGCCUGACCCAGUAUUGGGGGAAAUCCGAGGGAGAGGCUUCCUGCCCUCAGUGCAGGAAAACAGUGAAGCAAGGCAGCGUCAGGCCAAACCAGCAGCUGGCAAGUUUUGUGGAAAUAACCCAGAAAUUCAGCCUUCUGGGCGGAAAAAUGGAGGCCAAAGGAAAGGGGAGAGUUUGUGAGAAGCACCAGGAGCCCCUGAAGCUGUUCUGCAAGGAGGAAGAAGCCCCCAUCUGUGUUGUGUGUGACAGAUCCAAGGAGCACAAAAGCCACGAGGUGGUUCCUAUAGAGGAGGCGUCCCUGGAGUAUAAGGUAGGAAAACACUCUGGAUCAGUGGCGGAGCGUUCCUUGCUGGUGCCUUGGGCGUGCUGCAUCCCAUGGGGACACAUUGUGCCGGUGGAGCUAUCCCAAGUAACUGGAGCUAAGAGGGGGGGCAUUACACCGCCUGCUCGGCCAUGCAGUGGGGAGCUCGGCCAGCCAACGUGGCGGAUGCUGCCCUGCUUUGAGGGGUGCAAGUCUCACGGUGCACUGCGAACCUAACACCGCUUUCGGAGAUUUGCAAAAGCUGUGUGCGGCUGGCAGGGUGCCAGCCUGUUAGUCCUUCAGAUGGAAGACGUUGCGCGAAGGACACAACAGCUCACGACAGGCGCCCCCCAGGCUGGCCCAUGCUACGCCUCUGCUCUGGAUUUGCUUGGGGGAUGGAAUAGCCAGGCCUGCAAGAUCAUAGAAUCUUAGAGGUGGAAGGGACCCAAGGGUCAUCUAGUCCAACCCCCUGCAAGGCAGGAAGGAUGCCAAGAUACUCUUGAAAUAAUGUAUUCUCCCCACCCCCUCUAGCAGGAGCGUUUGUGCAGCCCUGUGAAACUUAAAACUUCUGAAAGCAUAUGAUUCAGUUGCCUGACAUUAUGUAUACUAAAAUGCCGAAAAAAGAUAGAGAAAAAGCAACCUAGUUGGAAUUUUCUUUUCUUUUCAGGAUCAGAUCAGCAGCUGCCUGGACAAUGUGAGGAAGGAGAGAGAGAAAAUUCUGGUGUUUAAAGCAGAUGCAGAAAAGGAAAGCCAAGACCUGCUUGUAAGCAUCACUGUUACUUGGAAGUGAAUAAGUGCUGUAGUCUAGAAUCCAUAUCUGGGGGGGAAUGAAUAUGGAAUAUAGAAACAGGUGUUUUUUUUAACAACCUGAUCACCCACAGGGCAUGAAAGACCAUUUGAAGGUGGGGGUGGGCUUGUAAAUUUUUAUGAAACCCUUUUCCUGCUGGAGUGAUCUCUCUAAAAUGGCAGACUUGCCCUUCCAAGUGAAUUCUGAUAACUGGUCUCUUCAUCCUGCAACAUUGGACUAUAUGCCUGAUAUGUUCUCUUUCUUUUUCUGUUUUUUUCUGGUGCAGAAGCAAAUGAAAGCAGAGAGGGGAAAGAUGGUGGCUGAGAUCAGGCGACUGCAUCAGUUUCUGGAAGAACAGGAGAAACUUCUUUUGGUUCAGAUGGCAGAAGUGGAGAAGGAGAUUGCAGCCAAAAGGGAGGAGCAGCUGGCCAGACUCUCCAGGGAACUCUCCUCUCUUGAAUGCGCCAUCUGGGAGAUGGAGGAGAAGCUUCAGGAACCAGCCAGUGAACUCCUGCAGGUGAGGCCUCAUCCUGAUGCGAGAGGGUGGAGUGGGCUGCUUCAGACUACAGGCAUUUCUUAGUCCUUCCCCACAUAAAAAUACUGUUGUCAGAGAAACAAGCAGUAUAUGAAUGGUUAAAGGUGUCAGCAUAGGAGCCAACUCUGAGGGGCUGAGGUCCCUUGGACACCCCAAUAAAAUAUUUGAGGAGGCCAGCCCCCCCCAAACUAAUGGACAUUUCUUUUGAAUUGGAGUGUGGUUCUGCAUCUUGUGAUUGAUUAUGUGGGGCGUGGCUUACCUUCUCCUCCCCCCCAAUAUUUUGUUCACGUCGUCACCCCUGUGUUGCAAAUUCUUUGCGGCGCUUUAGCAAAAAUGCUCAGAGUUCCAGGUUCUUCAGUGCAGUGUUAUUUAUUGUGAGCUUUAUAUACAAAGAUCUACAGAAGCAGUUCAUACAGUCAGACAGAGUACCUGGCUGCACCUCAAGGCAAAUAGGAAGACUCUUUCUCUCUGACUACACUCCUCUACACCACCAACAUUACUGCUGGACAGGCUUCCCUUUUAAACCGAUGACAGCCAAUCAGCUGUCAGCACAUUACUGCUGAGUCAUUCUGACUCAGCACCUCCAUAGAAAGUAUUGCAUCAACUAGCAAAAUCAAGCCUGCAGACUUACUUACACAGCAUUCUGUGAAUCCGGACACCCUGAGCCCCCAGGGUAGGCAAGAAGGGCCCUGCUAAGUCAAACCUCAGGCCCUUUCCAUCCAGCAUCCUGUUCUCACAUUGGCCAACCAGAGGUCUCUGGGAAGCCCACAAGCCAAUAGAACGCUGUAAUAAUGAUGUUGUUGUUAAAAAAAUAAAUUAUUUUAUUUUAUUUUAAUUCAAUUCCAAUAGAGGCCACAUUAUCAUAAUGCCAAUUAAAAAACAACAACCAAUUAUUCAUAAGCCAAAUUAAAACAGUUUUUCAUGACUUCCCAUGCUCUGGAUUUCAGGAUGCAAAUGAUCUUAUUUCUUACUGCUUUCAUAAUCUUGAUUAAUCCAAUUACCACCAUUCCUAUCUUAGUCCAUUAUUUGACAGCCACAGGUUUCUUGACUUUCAUUCAUUGUUACAAACUUACUAACUUUUAUGUUUACAAAGAGGAGUUUAUGUCCAGUAAGUUCCCUGUGUGAGAUAUUAAUCUUCCAGCUAUUCUUUUUCCUGAUGUAUUCCAGUCUUAAAACACACCUUCAUUUCCACAGUUUCUCUUUCUCUUCUGGUCUUACUCUCCGAGGUUAAUUUCCUCUGCGUCAGUCAGGGCUACGGUAGAUUAAAGGGCACUAACUUUAAUUGCGCUUCAGUGGAAAUUCGGUGCAGUCAAUCAUAUAUACAUUCUCACACAGAAUAGAGCUCUGUAUUCAAUUAACCUUUACUCAGAGUAGACUGAUUGAAAUUAAUGGCUUAAUUAGCUUCAUUAAUUUCAGUGUAUCUGAGUAAAAGUGAGUUGGAUACAACCGAUAACCUUCUGCCUCCAACACAGGCAUUCCAAAUUGGCACUUUGUAGCGAAUAACAUAAAGGGUUGAAUUUUUGUGUGUAUUUUGUUGGUGUGUAAGCAUAAUAAAGCAAAAUAAUAAUAAACAAAAACAAAUUGGUGUUACAUGACGUUUUCAUUCAGAUGCUGUCUUGGGUCCAGCCAGAGAGAGGGUGACCUAUUAUUAUUAUUAUUAUUAUUAUUAUUAUUAUUAUUAUUUUGUAUACCGCCCUAUACCCACAGGUCUCAGGGUGGUUCAUAGGAUAUGAUUAGGUGUGGGAUGUACAAACCAGUGAACUGACUGGUCGCAGGUGAACAUGGAACCAGCAUGCAUUGCAGGGCAAAAUGGCAGAUCAGGGAGGUGGGAUUGAAUCUCUCAGGUGUUUGGGGGACUUGGUCAAAGGGAAGAAAGGGACCUUUUAUUAGUCAUCACUGGAGUGGCUGACUUUUGUCAUCUGAUGGUUAUUCCAAAAUUAUGUGGCACUGUGUAUUUUAUUGGGGGUCUUUUGUUUUGUGCUUGGCUAACCUCUCUCUGCUUCAGCUGCUUAGUAUUUAUAACUGACUGCAAGGCUCUGUGCAGAAAUGGCUCCACGGAUAUCUUUUUCUUUCCUUCCUUCCAGGAUAUCAGAAGCUUCUUGCAGAGGUAAGUGAUGGAAAAGUGCUUUAAGAUACUGUAUUGGAAAAGUUCCUGUUUUACGGGUGAGAACCUCACCUUCCAGUUCCUCCUUUCAGAGAUUGCUUAGGACUCCAUCGUCCAUUCACAAAAUCACAGACAAAAGUAGGGACACAUUUUUGUGGUAGUUUGUAGCUACAAACACAGACAGGAAGCCGUUCCCAUUGCAUAUCUCUGAAGGCCCUUCUCUGUGAUAGAUUCAUUUACUCUGCAAUUGAUAUAAAAAGGGGAGACAUCACAAAGGGGCUUGUAAACAUAUUCACUAUAACUUACCCUUAAAUAUCCAGUGUAUUUCAGGCUCUUGCUGGUUCUUUCCCAGACAUAAGAACAUGAGAAAGGGCCCUGCUGGAUCCGGCCAGUGGACCAUCUCAUCCAGCAUCCUGUUUUCACAAUGAUUAACCAGAUGCCAGUGGGAAACCAAUGGGCAGGAUCUGAGCCCCAGAGGACACUCCCCUCCUGAGGUUUCAGAGGCACCACUGCCUUUGACCCAGCCAUCGUGAAGAGUAGCCGCUGAGAGCCUUGUCCCCAAACAACUUUAUAUUUUGAAAAUCUUCCAUGUUUAGAAAAUACUGCUUUAAUUUCUAAUAUUUUCUGCAUUUAAAAAAUAUAACCACUGUGCUACAACACAUUUUGGACGCAGGUGGCGCUGUGGUUUAAACCACAGAGCCUUGGGCUUGCCGAUCAGGUCUGCAGUUUGAAUCCCCACAACGGGGUGAGCUCCCAUUGCUCAGUCCCUGCUCCUGCCAACCUAGCAGUUCGAAAACACGUCAAAAGUGCAAGUAGAUAAAUAGGUACCGCUCCAGCGGGAAGGUAAAUGGCGUUUCUGUGCACUGCUCUGGUUCACCAGAAGUGGCUUAGUCAUGCUAGCUACAUGACCCGGAAGCUGUAUGCUGGCUCCCUCGGCCAAUAAAGUGAGAUGAGUGCCGCAACCUCAGAGUCGUCCGCGACUGGAGUAAACGAUCAGGGGUCCCUUUACCUUUACAAUACAUUUAUAAUGUUAAUUGCAAAAGCCAUUCUAAAGCAUUCUGCACUUCCUUUUAUUUCAGAAAUGCACAUACCAGAUGUAUUUUGUUUUGCCCUUAAUCACUUGAAAUGCUUCACUAAAACUGAUGUAGUCCUAAAAUCUCUGCGUAAGGACCCAUUAUUGUUCACUUUUUUCAAAAAAAUAGUUUGCAUAUAUCAGCUUCUUUACCUUCAAUCUCAUAUUCCUAUAUUUCCUUCAGUAUAUUUUAGUUUUCCUUCAACUCGUUAGGUCUCUAGAUCCACACAUCAUCCACAUUCUUGCCAUAGGAAAACCCUGCUUCCCAAGUCUUCAUUAUGCGUUUAUCAUCAGGAUGAGACAUCUGCCUUGUCAGAAAGCUCCUUGCAUUGGAAGGAUGGUGGCUUGACUUUGUUCUCCUCCUCCCAGGUCUCAGGAGAAGGAGAACUUAGAGGAUCCUCCUGUGGCUUUUCCUCCUUUCCUGAAGUGGAGGAACUGGGACUUCUGUGAUAUGAAUCUCUUCCUGGAAAGUGUCAUGAAGAAAUUCAGAGGUAGUAAAGAAGGGCUGAAAGUAUUUUAUACUGGAUGUUUAGAAGUGUUCAUGACAAACUCCAAGUCAUAGGGAAUAUUAGCCAAGCCAGGAAAAUAGAAGGUUUAUUUAUUUAUUCUCUUUCAAUAUCUAGAAGCCGCACUUUCAUAUGUAGAUGAUUGAUUUUACUGAAAGGGGAUGGUAAACACUUCUUGCUGGGCUCUGGAAGCUCCUGCGAGAUCUUUGGGGAGCCUCCCACAUUCCAGUCAGCAAGGUAAAGGGCUUGAAAGCUCCUGCCACGAAGUGUUUAGCCACCACGCAAAUCACUUUUAAGCCAUCCUCCUUGCUUACUGGGCUCUGAGAGUCUCCUGCGAGAUCUCAAGGGACCGUUUUGAGAUCUCUGGUGGCAGGGGUGAUUCCGGUGGUCAUUCUAACUUUGCACGAUCUGCCUUUAUGCACAAUCCCCAAGAAUGUAACCCUCCCUUAAGUUGCGGGUUGCCUGUAAAAAGUUGUCCUUGACCUCUUCACAUCUCUCAGCCAGGCUUUGGGUGCUUUCACGCAUCUCACCCAUUUCCCAGGUAGCCUCACCUACAGAUUUUUGGGCAUCUCCUCUGUUCCUUUGGCCCUGGGAUUGAUGUAAGGGGGGCAGAAGGAGGGAAGGAGGGGGGCUGUCCAGGAGCCAGCCAGGAGCAGAGGGGGCUGGGGCUGAGGCCUCCCAUCCUGGAACAGGGGUGUCUGGAUCUUGUUGUUGAUGGGGAGAUCUUCUGAGGAUCCUGCUCCUCCUCCCAAGAUUUGGGCAGGCCUGAACCUUCACAUCACCCCUGCCCUGUUCAUGCAGGGAUAGUUUUAACUGCAAAUCCCAUAAUCUCCGGCUGGCAUGGCCAGUGGUUAGGGAUGAUGGGACUUGCAGUCCACAAUACCUGGCUGCUAUCUAAUGAGCUCAUAUUGUUUUUUCUAGGUUUGUUAUCUGAAUGAUGGUGUGAUGCUAAAUCUCUGUUCCUCUUUCUUUUCCAGACACUGUGGAAUAUGGACUGCAGCUGCGAAAAGGUAAAUAUAAUAAUAAUAAUAAUAAUAAUAAUAAUAAUAAUAAUAAUAUAAUAAUAAUAAUAAUAAUAAUAAUAAUAAUAAUAAUAAUAAUAAUAUAAUAUUCAUACCCUGCCCAUCUGGCUGGGUUUGCCAAGCCAUUUCCGCAGGCACGAAUUUGGGAGAGAUGGGAUCUGCUUCUCAAAAGACCAGGCCACUGCAGCUCUUCCAUCCAUAUCGUAUUUUCCCUUAGGGCUAGAGGGGCUCUUGGCCUGAUCCUGCAGACUCUUAGGAAGCCCCCAGCCCAGGAUGGCUGGCUUUUCUGUGCUGAAUCUCACUAAGACACAGGGGUGGUGUGAAGCCAAAGGCUCCCGGCACAUGAGUGGGAAAUAUCCUGAAAUAUACUCAGAGUCGCAAAGUGAUUUCAUGCUCUUUAUUCAGCUCAUAGUGGUGAGGAGGAAUGAAUUAAUGUCCCCUCAAAGUAUCUGCUUUAUAUACAUUAUUUACACAAUGGGCUGCACAUGAUUGGCUAAUUCCGGAAUUCCACUGUACGCCAAUCAGGUUGUGGAUUCACUUCUAUCUGGAGCAUGAUUGGGUGGUUCCUGCCAACCAAUCAUACUACUGCAUUGUUCUAGGACCAAUCAGACUGCUGCAUUCUGAAUCCUAUUGUUCUAGGACCAAUCAGACUGCUGCAUUUUGGAUCCUAUUGUUCUAGGACCAAUCAGACUGCUGCAGUUUGGAUCCUAUUCAACUCAGUACAUAACAAUCCCUUUGAGCCAUACAAGAUCCCCACCCCUUUUAGGAGAGUUUAUGUAAGAGUAAGGUGUAAGAGUGGGAAAAUUAAGAUACGGAUACACUCAUACCCCUUCCAAUCUGCGCCCCAUGCCGAGGGACGAGGGUAGGGUGAGCAAGGAUUACUCACCUCCGUUACUGGUGUUGUGCAAUGCCAGGUCUAUAGGCAACAAAACCGCCACCCUGUGAAAUUUCUUUACCUCGCAGGGGGUCGACCUGGCUUGUGUGACGGAGACCUGGGUGUGCGAAGGGGAAACAGUUACCUUACGAGAGAUGGUGCCCCUGGGUUUCUCCAUCCUCCACCAGUUGUGGACCGUGGGCCAGGGGGAAGGGGUGGCAUUGUUAAUCCAGGAAGAUUGUUCUUUCAGGGCUCUGCCAUCACCAUCGGUCCCUGGCUUUGAAUGUGUCGGCCUAGGGUGGGGUUCUGAGGAGAGCUUGGCUGUCUGGCUGGUGUACUGGCCACCUAGUGCACCAGCAGCCACCCUGUCAGGCACAGUUUGACCCCCUCUCUCCUUCUGUAAUCCUCAUAGAACUCUAGUCCAAUGGUUGCCAUUAAUUUGAUUCUGAUUUGAUUUUAGAAUGUAUUUCAAUUAAUUGACUGUGAUUUUAUGUAAACUGUGCUAUUUUUACUGUUGUUAGCCGCUCUGAGCCCGGCUUUGGCUGGGGAGGGCGGGAUAUAAAUAAAAUUUUAUUUGUUUAUUAUUUAUUUAAAUGCAUGAAUACAAAUAGCUCUGAAAAUGGCUGCAACAACCUUUGGGAGCUAGAAGGUAAGUGGGUUCUGGUGUCAGUGGAGGGAGCUGGGGGCUGCCUGAGUGUGGACUGCUGAGAUAAGAUGGCGCCCAGCACACUUCCCCUGUGCCUUUGGACGCUUGUGCCGAUAGGAAAAACUUGAACUCUUAGCAGAGUUCUGCAGCGGUAGAAAGUGUUGCCUUGUGUGUGGAUAAUAAAUCAGACUGAACGCAGGCUUCUUGCUAAUCUCUAACAGCCUUUAAUGAGAAGAAAAACAUGAUAAAUCAGCCCGGCGAGAGAGCGGACAUUCUUUCGUCUCUCAGCCAAAAACGAAAGGAAACUCACACACAAAGAAAGAUUCCUGUAUGUGAACAUAACCAUGCCUCAGAAUGUGAGACGUCACACAGAACUGUUUAACCCUGUAAGUUCUGAUUCUCCUCACAUGGACUCCAGGGGUCCGGCUUCCCUGCAAGAUGGGGGUCUUCCCUCGGCUUUUGUAUUGGAGGGGAGACAUGAUGUCUCUGCUUCAACAUGUUGGCAGACUAGAGAAACCUGAGUAAACUUAAAAGAGCAGGGCAGAAUUGCACCACAGACCAGGGGAAAAGGCUCAAUGGGAAGACAGAAGUCCAGUCCGGCCUGAUCCUGGACACCACAAAAAUGGAAUCGUAAGAGCUGGAAAUGGUGCAGCAGAUGGCAGCAUAAAGGAAACUCUUACUUGUCUAAAAGAACCCUAGAAUAUAAUUUUAAAUAUAACAGCAGUGAGUAAAAUGCAUAAAGGCUUAUAAAUACAACAAUGAACUAGAAAAACCCCUUACGUUUCACAGAAAAAAAUUGACUAAUAGCACUGGCAACAUCCAACGUCACAUUUAAUUUCCAAAGGCCUCUGUACAAAUGUGUGUCUUUAAAAAGAAAUCACAUGACUAACUUUCCAUAACGGGGGGGGGGGGGGCUGCAGAGCAGAUCUUCUUUCUAAUGUCCGUCAGCCUGACCAAUUAAAAAAAAAAAAUCAAUUAUAAUAAUAGCCUCAUUAUAACAAUACCAAAUUAUUAUACAAUUCUAAUGUAAGUCACUCAAAUACCAAACUAUAUAACUUAUUUGAGGUGCUAGAAUUGAUGAUUUUCUUUAUUUCUGUGUUCCAAAAUCUUAUUGAUUUCAAUGACAUUCCAGUCAUCAUCAUAAUCCCUUCUACAACAGCUGGAAUAUUUAUAACUUCUAUUCGUGUUGACACAUUAAAUGACCAAUUUUUAAAUGAAUUUCUCAUGAUGCUUCCACUCCAUAAAUGGGAGGAACAGUGAAGAAAAAGAGAAUCAUACAACCAAUCAGGUCUGUGGAGCCAGGAUGGGGUCUUUGCAUUGAAGGUGACGGGUGGGAAUGGCACUUCCUAGGUUUAACUGGGUUUGGCUUUAAUAAAGGCCCCUUGUCUUGGGAUUGCAAUAAUAAAUGCAUUAAAACAAGUCAUAGCGAAAGGAAGCAACUAUGUAAUAGAUGCCAAUUUAAAGGACAGAACUAUCAAUUUUCUGCAUUGCUCUAACCAAACACAAGAGAUAAUCAUGUUUGUUCUUGCUUGACCGCUCAUGUCAAGAAUCCCAAGCAAGACAUUUUAGACAGGGAGUGUCAAUCAGAGCACAGAAAUACCUUUUUAGGUAUUGUUGUUCUUUUUAUAAUCUAUCUACAUUAAAUAUGCAACCAAAUCUUGAAUGGUGGUUACAAGGAGGCUGAGAGCACCUGCUGCCAGUUUUACCUGAUCUCAGUGAGCAUGGGCAGGAGGAGCAGCUACGCUAAGACCAGACCAUGUCAUUAUCGCGGAGGCAGGUUUAGUCGUUGUCUGAGGACUAUCCCUGCCUCUGGGUCUGGUCCUGACCGGAAGGAUACUGGAAUCAGCAAGGGAAACCCACAUGGCCUGAAAGUGUUUCUGUGCAAUGCCAGGUCAAUGAUGAAUAAGACCACUGCCAUCCACGACCUGAUUGUGGAUGGAGGAUUUGACCUGGCAUGUGUGACAGAGACUUGGUUGGAUGAAGCAGAUGGGCCUGUCCUUGCCGCUGCUUGCCCACCAGGUUUCUCUUAUGCACAGCAACCCAGGCCUUGUGGGCGGGGGGGUUGCAGUGAUUUUUAGGAAGUCAUUAGUUUGCACCAGGCGUCCUAUUGGGAAGACCCAGUUCUCUGAGUGCAUGUUCUGGAAGGUGGGCAAUAGGGGCAGUACAGGAUUCCUUUUGGUGUACCGACCUCCCCGCUGCACCAAGGAUUCCCUGCCCAAGCUGCUUCAGGUCGUGGCGGAUGUUCUCCUGGAGACACCUAGCUUGGUCGUCCUAGGGGAUUUUAACAUCCAUGCCGACACGACCUUACAAGGGGCCGCUCGGGACUUCGUGGAAAGCAUGGCCUCCAUGGGGCUGUCCCUGAAUAAGUUUGGCCCAGCUCAUAGCCGUGGACAUGCCUUGGACCUGGUGUUCACCUCUAUGGAUGUUGGUGAUCUGACAUUAAGUAAAAGUGAAACAAAAGAAGUGCCAUGGUCAGAUCACUUCCUGGUGCAACUGGACUUCUCUGUGACCCUUCCCCUCUGCAGGGAGGUGGGACCGAUUCGGAUGGUCCGCUCCCGCCACUUAAUGGAUCCAAAUGGUUUCCAGAGAGUGGUAGGGGAUGCUUUAUCCCAUGUUGAUGGCCUUUCAGCUGAUUCCCUGGUGACCCGCUGGAAUACGGAGUUAACCAGGGCUAUUGACUGACUGGCUCCGAAGCGCCCUCUCCGAUUGCAUGGAGCCUGGACAGCCCCAUGGUUUCCCCCGGAGCUGAGGGUGAUGAAACAAUCGCAGAGACGGCUAGAGCACUGGUGGCAGAAAACUCACUCUGAAUCAGACCGGACAUGGGUUAGAGCUCAACGUCGAGCCUACCAAGUGGCGAUGGCAACAGCGAAAAGGACCUUCUUCGCCGCUUCUAUUGUAUCUGCAGAAAACAGCAGCAGGAGACUCUUUCAGGUGGUUCGUAAUCUAUCUGAACCACCUUCGUCAUCGGGGCCAGGUAGGGACCCCAAGAUCUCCUGCAAUGCUUUUGCAAAGUUUUUUGCAGAUAAAGUCCCUCAGAUUCGGAAGGAGGUAGACUCCACCGUGGGAGCAGGGCGGGGGCGAGUGAGUGCUAGAGUCCUGUCUAGUCAUGUUAUAUGGGAUCAAUUUCAAUCUGUUACCUCCGAGGAUGUGGACAGGCUGCUUGGACAAGUGAAACCGACCACCUGUCUCCUUGAUCCUUGCCCAUCCUGGCUGAUAAAAGCUAGCCGGGAAGGGCUGGACGAUGGGCUCCGUGGGGUGGUGAAUGCUUCCCUCUGCGAGGGAGCCUUCCCAGACCUGCUGAAAGAGGCGCUCAUUAAACCGCUUCUUAAAAAAACAUCCUUAGACCCAGCCAUUAUGGCCAACUAUCGCCCAGUCUCAAAUCUUCCAUUCUUGGGCAAGGUGAUUGAGCGUGUGGUUGCUGAACAACUCCAAGCACGCCUGGAGGAUGCGAACCAUUUGGAUCCCUUCCAAUCGGGAUUCAGGCCUCACCAUGGGACUGAAACUGCCUUGGUUGUGCUGGUCGAUGAUCUCCGGCAGGCUAGGGACAAAGGUGAGAGCUGUUUCCUAGUUCUGCUGGAUCUCUCAGUGGCCUUUGACACCAUCGACCUUAACAUCCUUCUGGACCGUCUAGAGGGGCUGGGAGCUGGGCGCACUGCUAUACGGUGGUUACACUCCUUUCUCCUGGGCCGUGUCCAGAAAGUGGUGUUGGGGAAUGAGUGUUCAGACCCCUGGGCUCUCACUUGUGGGGUGCCUCAGGGUUCUGUCCUCUCCCCCAUGCUUUUUAAUAUCUAUAUGAAGCUGCUGGGAGAGAUCAUCAGGGGGUUUGGGCUGGGUGUUCAUCAGUAUGCAGAUGAUACCCAGCUCUACCUCUCUUUUAAAUCAGAACCAGUGAAGGCGGUGAAGGUCCUGUGUGAGUGCCUGGAGGCAGUUGGAGGAUGGAUGGCAGCUAACAGAUUGAGGUUGAAUCCUGACAAGACAGAAGUACUGUUUUUGGGGGACAGGGGGCAGGUGGGUGUGGGGGACUCCCUGGUCCUGAAUGGGGUAACUGUGCCCCUGAAGGACAAGGUGUGCAGCCUGGGAGUCAUUUUGGACUCACAGCUGUCCAUGGAGGCGCAGGUCAAUUCUGUGUCCAGGGCAGCUGUCUACCAGCUCCUUCUGGGACGCAGGCUGAGACCCUACCUGCCUGCAGACUGUCUUGCCAGAGUGGUGCAUGCUCUGGUUAUCUCCCGCUUGGACUACUGCAAUGCGCUCUACGUGGGGCUACCUUUGAAGGUGAACCGGAAACUGCAAUUAAUCCAGAAUGCGGCAGCUAGACUGGUGACUGGGAGUGGCCACCGGGACCACAUAACACCGGUCCUGAGAGAUCUGCAUUGGCUCCCAGUAUGUUUCCGAGCACAAUUCAAAGUGUUGGUGCUGACCUUUAAAGCCCUAAACGGCCUCGGUCCUGUAUACCUGAAGGAGCGUCUCGACCCCCAUCGUUCAGCCUGGACACUGAGGUCCAGCACCGAGGGCCUUCUGGCAGUUCCCUCAUUGCGAGAAGUAAGGUUACAGGGAACCAGACAGAGGGCCUUCUCGGUAGUGGCCAAGGAAAUAAGUAGCUAUCUUCUCUUUAAAAGACAUCUGAAGGCAGCCCUGUUUAGGGAAAUUUUUAAUAUUUAAUGCUGUAUUAUUUUUAACACUUGAUUGGAAGCCACCCAGAGUGGCUGGGGAAACUCAGCCAGAUGGGCGGGGUAUAAAUAAAUUAUUAUUAUUAUUAUUAUUAUUAUUAUUAUUAUUAUUAUUAUUUAUUCUGCUGAUAGAGAGUGACGAGUCUCUAAACGUAUCUGAGGUUUGUGUCACUGUUUGAUGCUGUUCCAAGGGAAACCAGUGAUCGCCUGGCUGCCAGCCAGUGGCUGGAGCCAGCUGGGGGCCUGCCUGAUGCCGCCAUCUCCCCAGCAGUAUCCCAACAGUCCCUGCUUUGACUCCCUUCUGCCAUGAAUGGUGGGAGUGGGGGUGGCCUUAGACAAGCCACUGUCUCUCAGCCUCAGUCCUCCCAUCUGAAAAAUGGGCAUAUUAAGAUUGACUUAACUUACAAGGUUGUUGCAAGGGUUCCAUGUAGAUAAUGUGUGUUAAGUACUUCGAACCCUUGAAACAACAACAACAACAAAUUUUAUUCAUACCUCGCCAUCCCCGGCCAACACCGAGCUCAGGGCGGCUAACACCAAAUAUAUAAUACAAUAAAAACACAAAAUCAAAUGAUUGGUUAAAAUACAGUUCUAAAUCACAUUUGAAAUCAAAGUAAACUUAAGUGGAAACCCACGAAUCACAACCGUAGGGGUAAGGAAAGAACUGCAAUUGUUUCAAGAAUCCUUAUUAAGAACUUGGUGAACAUCCCUGUCUCGAAUGCAGAGCCAUGGAGUCCCUGUUCAUUUCAGAGGGAAUUACAUUUCUGUCUAAAGAAAAGUCAGCUUCCCAGUUGACGUCGUUUCUCUUCUCUUUCCUCAUCUGCCCCCACAGAAAAGGUAACUUUGGAUCCAGACACAGCACAUCCCCAGCUUAUCCUGUCCAAGGAUCGAAAGAGUGUGAGUUGGGAAGGAGUGCCUCAAGACCUGCCAGACAACCCUGAGAGAUUUGACACAAAUCUUUAUGUGCUGGGACGUGAGGCAUUCAAGGAAGGCAGACAUUUCUGGGAAGUUGCUGUGGGGAGCGAGGAGGAGUGGGCCGUGGGGGUGGCCAGAGAGUCCGUGAAGAGGAAAGGCAAGUUCACCGUUGGCCCUAAGGAAGGGUUCUGGCGCAUAGGGAAGUGGGGUGAUCAAUACAGGGUCUCCACCCGCAAUGGGCCCCCUGUUUCAAUGCUGGUUGGGGAGCCUAAGAGGAUCCGAGUGGCCCUGAACUGUGAAGGGGGACGGGUGUCCUUUCACGAUGCAGAUACAGCAGCCCUUCUCCACUCAUUCUCAGAAGCCUCCUUCUCAGGAGAGACCCUCCAGCCCUUCUUUUACGUGAGGAAGAAAGAGAUCCUGAGACUCUCUUGA